AUGCUCCAUGGAACUCCAGCUGGCUCUAAGGGUGGAGCUUCGCCUUCUGGAUGGAAGAACACUCAGUUGUUUCUUCCUGUGUUGCAGCAUUUCGUACAAAACGAGAGACCAUCUAAAGAGCAUCCCAAACUAAUAAUCCUUGAUAAUCAUGAGAGUCACUUAGGUAUUGCAGCACUAAAUUUUGCUAAGCGAAACGGUAUACUCCUUUUGACAUUGCCACCCCAUUGCAGCCACAAGCUGCAACCAUUGGAUUUAGCAGUAUUUGGGCCAUUUAAAAAAUAUUAUGGUGCAAGUUGUGACAGAUGGAUGGUAAAUCAUGCCGAAAAACCUAUCACUAUUUAUGACAUCGGAAGUCUGGUUGGAGAGGCUUUUUUGCAAGCGUUUACUCCAAAAAAUAUAUGCAGUGGAUUUCGUGCAGCAGGAAUAGAGCCGUUUAAUGACCUAAUAUUUUCCCAUGAAGAAUUUCUUUCGUCAUAUGUUACAGAUAGACCAGGGAAAACAUCAGAGGAAGAGGUACCACAAUCUGGGUCGUCACAAGAUACAUCACUCUCUAAACCGAUUCAACAUGGCAUGACAGAUCCUGUUCUGUCACAAUUUCAGCUCUCACAAUAUCAAGAAUCACAAGCCGGACCAUCACAAGCUGAAUCGUCGAGCACUGCUAAACUACAAACUGAAAAAUCACAAACCAAACCGACUUUAUCUUCAAUUGAGAUAAAAAAGCCGACAUUACAAAUUAUAACUCCUGAACAGAUCCGUCCUCACCCCAAAGCUGGUGAACGAAAGUCUACAAUUCGACGAAAGAAAGGAAGAUCCCUGAUUUUGACAGACACUCCUGUCAAAGAAAACAUAGAGGAAGAAGCAAGACUUCGAGAAGAAAAAGCACACAAAAAAAAACAAAACAACUAA